AUGUUCAACCCUAACUUUUACGACCAAGACGAUCCGAUGGCUAUGUAUCAGUCCCUAGCCGCACGCCGCGGCGGCGCUCCUAGACGCUUCGAUGAGUACUUCCGAUGCUAUCCCAUCGUCAUGCUGCCUGGCCCGGAGCGCCAUGAGGCAAACCACGGCGGCAAAGUGUUCCUUCCUCCCAGUGCUCUCGACAAGCUCACUAGGCUGCACAUCACAUAUCCCAUGCUCUUCGAGCUCAUAAAUGGUAAGGCAGACGGAAAGAAGACACACGCAGGUGUGUUGGAGUUUAUAGCAGAGGAGGGCAAGAUCUACCUGCCAUACUGGCUCAUGGAGACGCUUAAGCUGGAACCUGGUGACCUGCUACAAGUCAAGUCGACCGACAUACCUCUCGGUACCUUCAUCAAGCUCCAGCCCCAAGAUUCGUCCUUCCUCGAGAUUUCCGAUCCCAAAGCCGUUCUCGAGAAUGCAUUCCGGAACUUCUCUUGCCUUACAGUUGGCGACAUAUUCACCUUCUCAUACAACGACAACGUGUACAGUAUAGCCGUAUUGGAGGCUAAGCCAGAACACCCAAGUAAGGCCGUCUGCACCAUCGAGACCGAUCUGUCAGUCGACUUCGCUCCACCAGUAGGCUACCAGGAGCCGCAGAGGACCAGCGGUACAAGCACACCGCGCAGUGGGAAAGGCGUCAUGAGCGGUAAAGGUGGCACACUACACGCUCACGGCACCAUGGCAGAGGCGAUCAACUACGCCGCUAUCGCGCCAUCAUCAACGACCGCUGCGAGCGGAGCCAAGGCCACCUCCUCAAAUUUCCUCACCACCGGCCACAAGCUGCUCAAGAAAGGUAGCAAGGCACCUACUCCUCGAGCCUCCACACCCAUCGCAGGCCAGUCAUCGAACCCCCCUCCAACAGUACGACGCACCAACGGGCCCCAGCCACUCAGGCUACCACCCAACAAACUGUUCUUCGGAUACGAGAUCAAGCCACUCAAGGGCAAGGAGGAGGAAGGCGAGCAGAAGGAGUCGAAACAUUUUGAAGGCGCUGGUCAGUCACUGCGCAAGAAGAAGGGCGACAAAUGA